GCAAAUCAAUUGUUCACGUUAGGGUUUUCAUUUUGCACACCAGCCGGCUCUUCCUCUCUCGUCUUUACUCUCUUACUAUCAGAUUUCGGUCUCAGUAAAACUUAGCUCGCACCAAUCAAAAUGGGGAAGACUCGUGGAAUGGGAGCUGGUCGUAAGCUGAGAACCCACCGUAGGAGGCAGAGGUGGGCUGACAAGGCAUACAAGAAGUCCAAUCUCGGAAAUGAAUGGAAGAAACCAUUUGCAGGAUCAUCUCAUGCCAAAGGCAUAGUUCUUGAGAAAAUUGGCAUUGAAGCUAAGCAGCCCAACUCCGCUAUCCGAAAAUGUGCUCGUGUUCAGCUAAUCAAGAAUGGAAAGAAAAUUGCUGCAUUUGUACCCAACGACGGUUGCUUAAACUAUAUCGAGGAAAAUGAUGAGGUUUUGAUUGCCGGAUUUGGGAGAAAGGGCCAUGCUGUUGGAGAUAUUCCUGGAGUUAGAUUUAAGGUUGUUAAGGUUUCUGGUGUCUCACUUCUAGCUCUUUUCAAAGAGAAGAAGGAGAAGCCCAGGUCUUAAAAGGUUACUGAUAAUUAUAAGAAUUUAGCUUUCAGUUUCUUUCCUUUCCUCAAAGCCUAGGGUCUGGGAUUUUGUAAUGAAGGAUUUGUGAACAAUUUUGUUAUGAAUCCAACUCAAAAACUGCCCUUUUUGUUGCA